ACAAAUCUUAUGGUAAAAAUGUGUCCCAGUACUGAAGGGUUAAAAUCUGCGUCACUUCAACAACACAAACACUUUGGGAAGCAGUGGUGUUGCAGUAUAGAGAAAAUUCACAGUUUUCUAACCCAGGUGUGGGCAAACUACAGCCUGUCAAAGGAAUUCCUGCGGCCCGCCAAGAGUUGAUAAAUUUGAGAAAGUUAAUAAAAAAAAAAAAAAAAAAACGCCGAGUAAUAUUCACUGAAAAGUUCGCCCACCCGUUGUCUAAUCUCAUCCACGAGGCGAACACAGAAUGUAUGACACGGAGAGAGGCGAGGCGGAUACAGACCCAGUGAACAGUGCUUGUGGUGGUGGUGCUGCUGUUGUCUCCUUCACCCACACCAGCUGGAGCAGCGAGGAGGCUGAGAAGGCAGCGGUGGAGGGGCGAGGCGAUGCGAGAGAGAAGUGUGGUGAGGAACAGGACGAGGAGAGGAGCACAAAGCCAGACAGUGCCCCGCUCUGCAAGUUCCGCGCACCUGACGGAGGCUGGGGCUGGAUGGUGGCCCUGGGUACCUUCAUCGUGAACACUCUACUUUUCUCAUUACCGUUCUGCUUCGGCAUCAUGUUCUCCGGGUUCCUGGUUGGGAAUGGCGCCUCGUCCACCACCAUCGCCUGGAUCUACAACUUGUUCCUGGUGGUGUAUAACAUGUCAAUGCUCCUCGCCAACCCGCUGUGCCAGGAGUUUGGGACGCGCGCUGUGGGCUUCGCCAGUGUCCUGAUGGCGUCCAUCGCCAUUACGCUGUCUGGCUUUGCACCUUCUAUUUAUUUCCUGUACUUCUCAUUCUCCAUCUUAGCAGGCCUCAGCACCGGCCUCAGUGUGGGCAUUGCAUUCUCAGUCCUGCCGCCCUACUUCGACAAGAAGAGUGGCAAGGCCAACACCUUCCUGGUAGCUGGCGCACCAGUGACACAGAUGAUAUUCGCACCCUUCCUUCGCUACUUGCUUGACGAAUAUAGCCUCCAGGGCGCGGCCUUAAUCCACGGGGCCAUCCUGCUCAAUGGCCUGGUUGCCAUGUCCUUCUUCCACCCCGUCAAGUGGCACUUGAAACCCUGUCUGUCGCAGGAGGCUCCGCAGACACAACAACAGGGUACACUGCUGGGCGAUAAAGCUUUCCCACAGGCGGACAGCGUGGCACCUGGAAGCACCCUGAGGGGGGUGAACCGCUCCGUGCAGAGGCUGCGAGGGUCCUUCAGCAGCAGCGCGUGGUCUGUGGCGUCCGGUGGGUCAGCAGAAGUCUCCACCGGAUUGGCUUUCUUGUUAGACGAGGCAGAAGAGGCGCCGCCAUCGGGUGUGAGGCUCCGUGGCAAGAAGGUAUCCAUGAUGUGGAGGACGCUGGUGCGUGUCGGGGAGAAGAUCAGGACAGACGUGGGUGUGCUGCGGCAGUGGAGGUGUGUCAUCCUGGCAGUGACGGUGGCACUCACACAGACAACCUUACUCAACUUCCUCAUGAUGCUUCCCUUUGUGGCCAAGGCCGCCCACUACAGCCUGCAGGACGCCGCCCGCUGCAUCGCGCUGAUGGGCAUCACCAACCUCGUCACUCGCCUGGUGGUGUCACCGCUCGCUGACUGCAGCAUGUUCAGCAUCCGCCUGUCCGUCAUGCUGGGCUACGUUCUCAGGGCGUCAGGCAUCGCAGUGGCUGUGGUGUUGUCCAGCGAGGUGUGGCAGCUGAUGGCGGCUGGCGUGGUGUAUGGCCUCGGUCUGGGCUUCUCCCUCAGCAUGUUCAACCUCUCCAUCGUGCACUACAUGGGCCUGGACAACCUCAGACCCACCAUUGGCAUCUUGGGGCUGGCGGGGGCUGUUGGCUUCCCCACCCUAGGCCCGCUUAUAGGGCUGAUCCGGGACCUGACAAGUAGCUACGCCAUGAGCCUGUGGGUGAUGGUGGCCCUGGACUUGGUGAGCGCGGCUGUGUGGCUCCUCAUGCCCGUGGCACAGGCCAGGGACGCCAGGGGCAGGAUUCACUAAACAGUUAAGUAUUUCGUAAGUCCUUCAGAAGUCCGCAUAUAUCUAUGCUAAGAGCUGUUCACAAAACACUUACGGACUUCAUACGUACCUCAAAGGCUAAUUACUUUCUCGGGACCCUGUAAGCUUUCGUAACCCGGUGUGGCAUGAAGAAGUGUCCCACCAUGACGAGACGGGAAAUAAAGACCUGCCCUGCCAGACGCACGAAUCAUUCGCUCCACGGAGCGACGUGGACGCUUUAGUUGCGCCCAACACCAACACCAAAAACGCAAACACCAACACCACCAUCACCAUUACCAACACCAACACCAACAACAAGAUUGUCGGAGCGUUUUCCCCAUUGGAAUUGUACUGGAUGAGGAGAUCCUCUCCUUGCAGGCUCGGCGUGCGUUCUGCUGGCGUGCGGUACAAUAUUUUGGGAACUUUCCCAUUUCAUCAUGGUGGGUCCACAGUGAUGUUAAUUGUACGAUAAUUAUCGUAUUUGUACGAUAAUAUGGCUGUUUGUACGAUGUUCGAUACAUAGGUAAGAAUCGUACACCAAUAUACGAUAAUUGAGUGGUAAAGUAUUUUUUUUUUUAUAUUUGUAAUAAGGUACUGUAAUAAUUGUGUAAAGAAAAAAAUAUCGAUGUCAACAUUUCAG